CGCCCCCGGAGGACCGCGGUUUCUGGAACUCCCUUCCUUCGCCUGGGUUGGGGCCCAGCCCAGCCUCCAACGCUGUGAGAGAGGAGUGACACGAAAAAGGAAGAGGAAAUAGACUUCAGUGUUGCUGAAAGUGGAAUUAUUUUCCUCAGUUGUUGGGAUAUUUUCAUGAUUGCAAGAAGAGCACCAAGAGACUGACAACGCCAGAUGCUUUCAGAGGUACAGAUAGACUUGAUGAAAGAAGAUUUGUAAAGAUUUUAGAAAGAAGUUUGAAGUGAAGGCAGAAAUUUUGAUCUUAUUUGUCCACCAUGUAGGACUUUGACCACUUGUUCAGAAUAUUUUUCUCCCCAAAAUGGAAGAACUAUUAUACUUGACAAACCAUUAUGCUUGAGGCUCUAUGAGAACUAAUAAUGAAGUCUGCCAGCUCUGAGAAUGACAAUACUUUAUCAUCUUCUUUUGGAGAACAGACAGAAACGUACCGUGUGUGUGGUUAAUCUAAUCACUAAGAAUGGUUUCUUGUUCUAUAUGCUAAAAAUGACUUCAUUUGAAUUUUGGAAUUUUUUUUUGUUUUCUCUUUUCACAUGACCUUUCAUGAUAAUUAGAUUUACAUAAAGAGAAUAAAUGCUCGAUUCAUUGUAUUUUCUGACUACACUGAUGUUUUCUGUGCAUUAUGGAGAUUUUGGAGGCAUUACUAUUCUUUGAAGUUUUGUUUUAUUGGAAGCAAAACUGUGCCAGGGACACAGACGUGCUAUAUAAUUUUCUCUUUAUAGCAACUUUCCUGGCCUUGGAUGAGCUGACUGUCCCCUGGAUUUCACAGCCUAUGAGGUAUAAAGUCUGUUUUAUCUAGAUCUUUAACUUAUGACUCAUAGUAACCAGAUGGGAAACACAUUAAACACUGUGCUCAACACGCAUGCCUAAGGAAAAGAUCUUCCCCAUGGAUCAUGGCGUUAAUGUUUACAGGACAUUUCCUAUUUUUAACCUUGAUGAUGUGUAGUUUUUCUACUUGUGAAGAAUCUGUGAGCAAUUAUUCUGAAUGGGCAGUUUUCACAGAUGAUAUGCAAUGGUUUAAGACACAGAAAGUACAAGAUCUCCAACCGAACCAAAAACUUCAUCCAAGUUUGUAUUUUGAUGCUGGAGAUAUACAGACACUGAAACAAAAAUCUCGUACAAGCCAUUUGCAUCUUUUUAGAGCUAUCAAAAGUGCAGUGACGAUUAUGCUGUCCAACCCAGCAUACUACCUACCUCCACCCAAGCAUGCUGAUUUUGCUGCCAAGUGGAAUGAAAUAUAUGGUAAUAACCUUCCUCCUUUAGCAUUGUAUUGCUUAUUAUGUCCAGAAGACAAAGUUGCCUUUGAAUUUGUCAUGGAGUACAUGGACAGGAUGGUUAGCUACAAAGACUGGCUGGUUGAGAAUGCACCAGGGGAUGAGGUCCCAGUUGGCCAUUCUUUAACAGGCUUUGCCACUGCCUUCGACUUUUUAUAUAAUCUGUUAGGUAAUCAUAGAAAACAGAAAUACCUAGAGAAAAUAUGGAUCGUUACUGAGGAAAUGUAUGAAUAUUCCAAGAUUCGUUCAUGGGGCAAGCAACUUCUUCAUAACCAUCAAGCUACAAACAUGGUGGCGUUACUCAUAGGGGCCUUGGUUACUGGAGUAGAUAAAGGAUCUAAAGCAUACAUAUGGAAACAAGUUGUUGUUGAUGUGAUGGAAAAGACUAUGUUUCUUUUGAACCAUAUUGUAGAUGGCUCUUUAGAUGAAGGUGUGGCCUAUGGAAGCUAUACGUCCAAAUCAGUUACUCAAUAUGUUUUCUUGGCCCAACGCCAUUUUAACAUCAACAACUUGGAUAAUAACUGGUUAAAAAUGCACUUUUGGUUUUAUUAUGCUACACUUUUGCCAGGCUAUCAGAGAACCGUAGGCAUAGCAGAUUCCAAUUAUAAUUGGUUUUAUGGUCCAGAGAGCCAGCUAGUUUUCCUGGAUAAGUUUGUUUUAAGGAAUGGAGCUGGAAAUUGGUUAGCUCAGCAAAUUAGAAAGCAUCGACCUAAGGAUGGGCCCAUGGUCCCUUCCACUGCGCAGAGGUGGAGCACCCUUCAUACUGAAUACAUUUGGUAUGACCCAAAGCUCACUCCACAGCCCCCCGCUGACUUUGGCACUGCAAGAAUGCACACAUUUCCUAACUGGGGUGUUGUGACCUACGGAGGUGGGUUACCAAACACACAGACCAAUACCUUUGUGUCUUUUAAAUCUGGGAAACUAGGGGGACGAGCUGUGUAUGACAUAGUCCACUUUCAGCCCUACUCCUGGAUUGAUGGAUGGAGAAGCUUUAAUCCAGGACAUGAACAUCCAGAUCAAAAUUCAUUUACUUUUGCCCCCAAUGGGCAAGUAUUUGUUUCCGAGGCUCUUUAUGGACCGAAGCUGAGCCACCUUAACAAUGUCUUGGUGUUUGCCCCGUCACCGUCUAGCCAGUGUAAUCAGCCCUGGGAAGGUCAACUGGGAGAAUGCACACAGUGGCUCAGGUGGACUGGUGAAGAGGUUGGUGAUGCAGCUGGGGAAGUUGUUACUGCCUCUCAACACGGAGAAAGGAUGUUUGUGAGCGGGGAAGCAGUGUCUGCCUAUUCCUCAGCAAUGAGACUGAAAAGUGUCUAUCGUGCUUUGCUUCUUUUAAAUUCUCAGACGCUGCUUGUUGUUGAUCAUAUUGAAAGGCAGGAAGCUUCCCCAAUAAAUUCUGUCAGUGCCUUCUUUCAUAAUUUGGACAUUGAUUUUAAAUACAUCCCAUACAGGUUUAUGAAUAGGUAUAAUGGGGCCAUGAUGGAUGUGUGGGAUGCACACUAUAAAAUGUUUUGGUUUGAUCACCAUGGCAACAGUCCUGUGGCUAAUAUACAGGAAGCAGAACAGGCUGCUGAAUUUAAGAAAAGGUGGACCCAGUUUGUUAAUGUUACAUUUCCUAUGGAAUCCACAAUUACAAGAAUUGCUUACAUAUUUUAUGGUCCGUAUGUCAAUGUUUCCAGCUGCAGAUUUACUGACAGUUCCAGUUCUGGACUUCAGAUUUCUCUAAAUGUCAACAAUACUGAACAUAGUGUUUCUGUUGUCACUGACUACCAAAACCUGAAAAGCAGAUUUAACUACCUGGGAUUUGGUGGUUUUGCUAGCGUGGCUAAUCAAGACCAUAUAACCCGAUUUGGUUUGGGCACUCAAGCAAUAGCAAACACUGUAAGACAUGACAGAGUUGUUUUCCCCUUCGGGUUUAAAUUUAAUGUAGCAGUUGGAUUCAUUUUAUGUAUUGGUUUGGUUAUUUUAGCUUUUCGGUGGCGGUUUUACCUCUCCUUUAAGAAGCUGAUGCGCUGUGUAUUAAUGCUUGUUAUCGCCUUGUGGUUUAUUGAGCUCCUGGAUGUGUGGAGCAAAUGCACUCAGCCCAUCUGUGCGAAAUGGACAAGGGCUAAAGCCAAGGCAAACGAGAAGGCCAUGAUAUCUGAAGGGCCUCCUGGGGACCUCCCUGCUGUUGUCAUAACCUCACUCCCUGCUUCAGGAGCUGAAAUUCUCAAACAGCUUUUCUUCAACAGCAGUGAUUUCCUCUACAUCAGAAUUCCUACAGCCCACAUGAAUAUCCCUGAAACUGAAUUUGAACUUGACUCAUUUGUCGAUGCUUGUGAGUGGAAAGUCUCAGAUAUCCACAGUGGGCACUUUCGGCUUCUUCGGGGGUGGCUGCUGUCUUUGGUCCAGGACACAAAACUUCACUUGCAGAACAUCCAUCUACAUGAAUCCAGUCGAAAUAAAGUGGCCCAGUAUUUUACAGCUAAUAAGGACAGAAAACGAAAAUUGAGAAGGAGGGAGUCUUUGCAAGAACAAGGAAGUAGAAUGAAAGGGACUUUUGACAGAGAUGCUGAAUACAUACGGGCUUUGAGGAGACACCUGGUUUAUUACCCAAAUGCCCGUCCUGUGCUCAGCUUAAGUAGUGGUAUCUGGACAUUGAAACUUCACUUUUUUCAGGAAGUUUUAGGAACUUCAUUGCGGGCAUUGUACAUAGUAAGAGACCCUCGAGCUUGGAUCUAUUCAAUGCUAUAUGGUAGCAAACCAAGUCUUUAUUCUUUGAAGAAUGUGCCAGAGCACUUAGCAAAGCUGUUUAAAAUAGAGGAAGGUAAAAGCAAAUGUAACGUGAAUUCAGGCUAUGCUUUUGAGUAUGAAUCACUAAAGAAAGCAUUAGAAACAUCCCAAUCAAAUACUGUCUCCUUAUUAUCUCAUCUGUGGCUAGCAAACACUGCAGCAGCCUUGAGAAUAAAUACAGAUUUGCUGCCUACCAGCUACCAUCUGGUCAAGUUUGAAGAUAUUGUUCAUUUUCCUCAGAAGACUACUGAAAGGAUUUUUGCUUUUCUUGGAAUUCCUUUGUCUCCUGCCAGUUUAAACCAAAUAUUGUUUGCUACAUCCACAAACCUUUUUUAUCUUCCUUAUGAGGGAGAAAUAUCACCAUCUAAUACUAAUAUUUGGAAAAAAAACUUGCCUAGAGAUGAAAUUAAGCUAAUUGAAAACAUCUGCUGGACACUGAUGGAUCGUCUAGGAUAUCCAAAGUUUAUGGACUAAAUGCUGCAGGUCAGCAAAAAUUUGCACUAAUGUGUCCCAACCUACUUUGUGGAUAUGAACUAGAAAAACUUUGUUUAUUCUUGUACAUGUGUGUAUGUGUGUAGAGAGAGAGUGUGUAUGUAUGUGUAUGUGUGUGUGUUCAGUCUGUUAUUUGCACAGAGAGAUAUUUUAAAUAGGCACCAUAUUUGGCCUAGCAGGAUGUAUUUUUUAUGUUACCACUUUCCUUGCCUUGGUUUCUGAAUUUUUUUCUGCUAAAAUGUUUCUGCUACAGAGGUAUAUAUUAUGGGGGCCUGGGAAUAUGGGAAGCUUUUAAUGGAUUUUAACUCCCCUUUGGAAAUUGUUAAUCUAUCUCGGGACCUCAAACACUACAAAAGGCCUUGCAACUGCUGCUUUAUCUAGUCAUCUCUUGUUCUUAAGAUGGACUACAAAUUUUCGUUAUGUUUUGAGAAGGUCUGACACUUAUCUUGCACAAAGAAAAAGAAAUAAAAAAGAAAAAAAGUUA